GGCGGAAGUUCAGAGGUGAAGGUAGGAUAAUGAUGGAUUCCAGUGUAAACAGCGAUUUCGCGUCGAGUUUUCUGUGUCGUGCUCGAUCUGAGGAGAAGUAGCUUCAGCUGUGGCGGUUUUUCUCGACGGAAGAUGCUCGGAUGUCGUCGCCGCUGAUAUUUACAGUCACUCCUGUGAACGCAAAUCGCUGAAGACGGGACGAUGGUGUCCCUCAGGGGUCUGUGUUUCCUCCUCACUCUGUUUCUGGGCAGUUUCUUCGGCAGCGUCUUCAUGCUGGGUCCGGUUCUGCCGCUCAUGCUGCUCUCGCCCGCCUGGUACCGCUGGGUCACCGACCGUAUCGUGGCCACCUGGCUCACCCUACCGGUGGCGCUGCUGGAGCUGGUGUUCGGGGUGAAGGUGGUGAUCACGGGCGACGGCUUCGUUCCCGGCGAGCGCAGCGUCAUCAUCAUGAACCACCGCACGCGUCUGGACUGGAUGUUCCUGUGGUGCUGUCUGCUGCGCUACAGCUACCUGCGUCUGGAGAAGAUCUGCCUCAAAGCGGCGCUCAAGGCUGUGCCCGGCUUCGGCUGGGCCAUGCAGGUGGCCUGCUUCAUCUUCAUCCGGCGGCGCUGGGAGGAAGACCGCGCUCACAUGGCCAACAUGCUGCAGUACUUCUGCCACAUCAAGGAGCCGCUGCAGCUGCUGCUGUUCCCCGAGGGCACCGACCUCACCGAAAACACCCGCGCCAGGAGCGACGAGUUCGCUGAGAAAAACGGUCUUCCCAAGUACGAGUAUGUUCUUCAUCCUCGCACCACCGGCUUCACCUUCAUCGUCGACAUGCUGCGGAAAGGUGAUAACCUGGACGCUGUGCAUGAUAUCACGGUGGCGUAUCCUCAGAACAUCCCUCAGACGGAGCGGCACCUGCUCCUGGGUCUGUUCCCGCGCGAGAUCCACUUCCACGUGCGGCGUUUCUCUGCGGCGUGUCUGCCCUCGAGCGCGGAGCAGCUGCAGCGCUGGUGUCAGGAGCGCUGGCGAGAGAAAGAGCAGCGUCUGUGUGCCUUCUACCGCUCCGAGCCGCGCCGCUUCGACCAGCCCGAGGCCCGCGUGCCGCCCUGUAAGAGCCAGCUGAGAGUGGCGCUGAUCAAAGCUGCGUCGCUGCUGUACUGGAGCGCCUUCAUCACGCUCUGCUGCGCCGGCCUGUGGCUCUGGACCGCCCUCAGACUCUACUUCCUGCUGAUGGUCAUCUUCUUCCUGUGUCAGCAGCGGGUCACGGGUGGAGUGGAGCUGAUGGAGCUGGCCUGCCACCGGCGCUGGAGCGGCGCACAGGUGAAGCAGGACUGAGACACGAGAGGAGAAGAUCACACUAUAAACAUCAUAAACACAGCAUUCAUCACUGCGAACGCCAAUCUCGUCUCUUAACUCUUUCAGCUCUUUGUGUUUCUCGUUUGUUUCGUCCUGUUUUAGUAGCUCGGGUUAUCCACUUACAGCCAUAUUUAAAAGAAUUACGAUAUUUUAUUUGGUGUUCAGUGCUGGCCAAAAUUAUUACAACACUAGUGUUUCCAGCAGCUGAAACUGGUUUGAAGUCAGUUAUUUCUAUCUUUUGCUGUAGUGUGUCAGCGGACAGACUGAUGAUGAUCAG